AUGUCCAUCUACGAAUGCACAACAACCACAACAUGGGUCCUUUCCUCUGCGGAUUCCAAGGUUGCGAUGAGCGUGCCGUCAGAGGGCAAGUUGGCAGUAAAGGUUUCUGCAUCUAUAGUUACUAAUUUCGGUCAUAGCGAGAACAAUGUUCGUCAUGCUACACCUGUCGAUCAUCAAGCUCAGUUUGCGAGGGAUGCCACGUUGGCUAGCCACUUGAAUGAUGUGGUCGCGCGCUGUCUGCGUCCUGCUACUACUCUUCCUCUCGGUGCUCCUCCUCCACCUGCUCCUGCUGGCCCUAGUACUGGUCCUAGCACUGAUCCUACUGUCAAUGGUCCUGUCAGCGUCACUCCUGCCGAUACUGCUCACUCUACCCAUCAUCCUAUACCUCUCAAGUACGAGGUCAUCGUCGAUCCUGCCAGCGCUCCAAAUGUCUCCCCUGAGCAGGCUUAUCAGCACGGCGCGCCUGUUAGACGCUACCUCAACGAACACAUUGUGCCUCCACUCCUAGCAGGCUUGAGGCUCCUGAAGGAUCACGAGCCCAACAAGCCCCUCAAGGCUCUCGGCGAGUACUUCCUCACCGGCCAUGACAACAUCUCGGGCUGCGAGAGGGUCCCAUUCCACCGUGAGAGCGUGGCUGUCAUCGUCAUGGAGGCCUCAAAGUACGUGGCUAUGUUCAUGCCUGAGAACCCCAAGAAGUGGUACGGAAACUACUUGUUGGCUAGAAGUGCUGAGCUCGAGGAGGAUUGA